CCUAAGGGCUGCAGCCGCCAUGUCUUUCUUAAUCCCCAAGAUGUUCCAGCACAUUUUGCGUUUCUUGAACACCAACAUCGAUGGACGCAGGAAGAUUGCGUUUGCAAUAACUGCUAUUAAGAGUGUUGGAUGUCGUUAUGCUCAUGUGGUUCUUGGUAAGGCUGAUAUCGAUUUGACAAAGCGUGCAGGAGAACUGACAGAGCAUGAGGUUGAACGUGUUGUCACCAUUAUGCAAAACCCUCGUCAGUACAAAAUUCCAGACUGGUUCUUGAACAGACAAAAAGACAUUAAGGAUGGAAAAUACAGCCAGGCCUGGCUAACGGUCUCGACAACAAACUCCGUGAAGAUCUUGAGAGGCUCAAAAAGAUCAAGGCUCAGAGAGGGCUGCGUCACUUCUGGGGCCUGUGUGUCAGAGGUCAGCACACAAAGACCACCGAUGCACAGUGGGUGUGUCCAAGAAGUAACCUGUUUGGCUCAGUUAUUUGUCAAUAAAACUCUGUGUAUAAAAGAAAAAAAAAAAUCGUGA